AUGGACUCGACGGUGAUGGAGGCGGCCGAGGAGCUGGUGGGCUCGCUCAAGAAGAAGCACUACUACACCGACACGGCCACGUUUGACCUGCGAUGCGGUAUCUGUGGCACUGGACUGCAAGGAGAGAAGGGCGCGCGCGAGCACGCCAUGGCGACGGGCCACGUCGAGUUUGGAGAAUAUUAG